AUGGCUUCUGACCCCCAUCUAGUGGCUCGCCUAUACUCCGAUUCUCGCGCCGCUCGCCCGACGAGUUCUCAUGCGGGCGGCUCCUCCAAGAGCAGAAUUCCCCGCCCGAGAGUCUUACACCCGACCCAAGAACGCCACUCGCGUGGUUCAGACGACUCUCAUCCACCCUCCAAGUUUUCCCAAGCCAUGAAGAAUCCCAACUGGCGCCAGAGGGAGAGUACUGAGGAGUCUGGGUGUCGUGCAAAGAGCCCCUUCUGGAUCCAGCUACACUCCGAGCUGACGCCUUACUGGAGUCAGGCUGGGCCAGAAAAGGCUGAUGCGUCACCUUCGCAUCUAGACCACGAUGAAACGCUUCCAGGGGAUCUCAUAGACCUCUCUCCACCUGCAAGCCAGUGCCGCGGAUACGCCAAUGUCGACACUUCGGCCUCUCCCUUGACCGAAGACUUGUGUGAGGAACGAGGCCACACUGAUGAAGAGAAGUCUUUGACGUAUUGUGCGGUCCUAAGUCAUAGGCAGGUUCCCCACAACACCCCUCUCAGUAUCAUUGAACUUCAGCCCAUUUCAGGUCACCAGGCUAGAUCUGGAGGCCGAGAGAUGACAGUUGCCGAGAUCCGCCCUGCAGAGAGGGGAUCCAUCGGGACAGCGCCGUAUACAAUCCGACGCGGGUUUGAGGAGCACGUGAAACAGUCCGCAGCUGAUACCAGUACUUUCACCGGGAAGACACCGCAGAAGGCGAGCUGCCGACCUCCCCUAGUGGGAUCGGAGUACAGCCGGGAGCUUGCCAGUCUCCCAAAGCUACGGGUGGAGAAGCACCGCAACAGAGGCAUGCUGGAGAAUCCCCUCAAUGACAAAAGCAAGUUUCCUCAGAGCGACUAUUACCCGAACCAUCUGGCAGCCAAGCAAACAUCUGUUGAACCUGUCUCCUCUGCGUCUGUACCAGCACGAGACUCGACGGACGAUGAAGACGCACUUUUUCGAAAGUGUAUCCGAAGGCUGCAGGGUACAGCCCAAGAGAAGUCUUCGCAGGAGUCCGGGAGCCGGUUGGAUGAGCCAGCGAGGGAGUCGACGAGUUACUCUGAGCACAGCAUCGUCCUGAAUGGAAGGCAGGGAACCCAUACUAUACUGAACAAACCUGAAGACAGGCUCAUGCGCACCUCGGACUCAGGAUAUACAUCGGCGCCAACGAAUCACACACCUACCAAUUCUAAACUUAUCACCGAGACUUCCGCCGGGACGUUCAAUCCUAAGGCACGAGAGUUUCUGUCUUUGUCCGAGCGGAGUAGCCAGCUGUCCGAAGAAAGCCACCGGAGGUUCCGGCCCGUCGACCUCAAAGAGCUCUUUUCGAGGAACGCCGAGUCGACGAAGAGAGCACCGCCGACCAUGGAUUAUGUGCCCCCCUGUAACCCCAUACAGACCAUCCCCGGAGGCAUGGAGCAAGCUCCGACCAUGCCUCCCCUGUAUAUUCCAUCCCCAGGAAUGGAUGGCAUGUAUGACGUGAACAAUACCAUAUAUGGCACGGGCCCGCUGCCCGGCGGCCCACCGCAGUAUCCUUUACCAUACCAGCCUAAAACCUUUGCCGGGCCUGACGGCCGGCAGGAUGGGGCCGAACUACUUCUCCUUACCCGGCGCUGCGGGCCCGGUUCCCUUCCCAAAGCUUAUGUCGCUGCCCCGUAUACCACAAAGUCCGAUGAUGAGCAUGACACCAAAGCCAAUGGCAUGCCCGUCCCCAGUACCAAGGCCCAAGAAAUCAGAUCCAUUGGAUCAGCUGGCGUAUGA